AUGGAAAGAGAAGGGUGGAACCCAGUGUUCAGAAGAAGAAGAGCAGAAAGAGUGGGCAAUCAAAGCAGCCCAUCUAUGGUUGUAGAUGGGUUGUUUACCAUAUUUGUAGAUGAGAUUCCAAACUCUACAAAUCCAAAAAGCUUGUAUACUUUAUUCAGUAAGUUCAGAAUAGUUAAGGAUGUCUUUAUUCCAAUGAAAAGAAGACAAAUUACGGGCUCUCAGCUCAGAUUUGUAAGGAACAAUUGCAAGGUUGCAACAGACAUGAUGGUGCUAAAAGCUGAUGGUUUAUGGUGUGAUAAUAAAGCUUUGAAGGUGAAGAAUGCAUCAUAUAAAAAAGGGGAACAGAAACAACCUAUAGCGAGAAACAAUGGUGGUCCGAUAAGGGUGGUGAGGAUGUGGUCAAUACAAAUAGAGGAUUUUUGCACUGAGAAACGCAGAGUAUGA